CCCUUUACAUGUUUCCAUCUAAAAUCUGACUUGAUUAUAGCAUUUUGUCUUCGGAUACUUCAGGUGAUUGAAUUUGAUGGAUUCCAAUAAUUGGAGACCUAAUCAAGGUAAUGACCCCACUAUGGAUACAAACGACUGGAGAGCUCAACUACCACCGGGUUCACGCCAAAGAAUUGUCAACAAAAUAAUGGACACAUUAAAAAAACACAAUCCUUUUUUUGGUCCUGACGGAUUGCAAGAACUUCGGCAGAUUGCUAUAAGGUUUGAAGAAGAGACUUUUACUACUGCAACAAGCCUGCCUGAUUAUCUACGGAAAAUAUCUAUAAAGAUGCUUACAAUGGAGACUAAGUCCCAAAACACCCUGGCUAACAGUCGAGUUGGCCCUAGCAAUAAACCUAUCGAUCAAGGUUAGCAUUUAAUAGCCUGAGUUUGGUGAUGAUAUUAUGAUUUGGUACCAAGUGUCCAAUCCUAAUUAAAGUAAAGUAUUUGGAUGUUGUAUUCCACUAUCUUAAGAUUGGAGAAU